AGGAUAGGUUAGGAUAGAUAACACGAGGUUACAUUUGAAAUUUAAAUAAAAUUAAAUAGCGUUGAAUGUGAAGAGACGAUAUACCGUCUCAACGGUGUAAUCGAUAUACCGUUAAAUGUAAACAAAAUAUCGAUAGUAUGUGAAUAAUCGAUAGUAGUCUGUCAACUGCCGCGAAAUUUCGCACGUAUUUGUCAGUGUGGUCUUCUUUUUUGUAAAUGCAAUUUAUAUUUCCUUUUUAAGACAGUUAUAUCAGUAUACUUAGUUCAAUUUUUAUUAAAGAUAAGAAUCUUUAUUAGUUCGUGCGUGUAGUACAGUCCAUGUAUCUGUUAUCAAUCGCACGUAUUUCCUUUGCUGAUAAUUCAUAGCGACCACCCUGUGUGUGUAAUCACUUCUCCACGGAUUUUAUUGGUUAUCAAAUAGUAUACUUUUUAACACAUCGGAGUAAUUAUAGCACAAUGAAGUAAUUCGCUUGUACUCGAGGUUCCUAAUCGUUAAAUUAUUACAUCGUUACACAUAUGAACUAUUAUGCGCGCGCUACGUGUGACACAUUCAAUUGCCACAUGACGUGAUAUAUCGAGAUACAGGGUUGGUAUGUCACGUGCGAUAAAUGAAAGCCAUCGAUACCUCGAUAAAUCUGUUCCGGGAUAUUUGCCAAUGAGUCAUUUUUUAUACAUGAAUGCUUUUCGAAAGAAGCCAACGAACUGUUCGAAUACUUUUUUUUAUGUAUUUAAAAGAAGAAAAGAAGUGUUUUUAUACGAUGAGCUUUAUUUUUUACCGGGAAAAGUGAAAUUUGCAUAUCAAUUUGCGAAUAAUUAUACUAAUUAAAAAUCAUUAAUAGUAUCGUUGUUUCUUUUAGAGUAACAUUUCCUCGUGACCGUCGCGCACAUUGCACCUGUUGAUAUAUUGCCAAAUAGUGAACAGUGACUCACUAAAUAGAUCAGGAGCAUCGAUUUAUUGGUCAGAAAAUCACGUUCGAUGUUUAGUAGACAUCGAUCUUGUCUAUCUAAUCGGUUUGAUUCAAGUUUUUAUAAUGCAAUAGCUACUUAUCGUUUCGUGGAUAUUUUGCUGUUUAGUAAUUCAUAACGAUCUUUCCGAAAAGAUUGUCAAAUCAGUUGUGACGUAAAAUGGCAACAUUCAAGUUAUUAGUAGGGGGUGCAAGUGCCAUCGGUGCCAGUGCCCUUACGUCGUAUUUAUUACUAUCCGACAAUACCGUGCACGCUGACAAGCCAAAGUCAAAGCCUGCGAAAAGACCUUUGCCAACCAGAGAGGACCAACUAAAAACUUUAAAAACUCAUGGCGAAUAUGAUGUCCUUAUCAUUGGUGGUGGUGCAACAGGAGCUGGAUGCGCAUUGGAUGCCUGUACACGAGGUCUGAAGACAGCCUUAAUCGAAGGAGAUGAUUUUGCAUCUGGCACAUCUUCCAGAAGUACAAAACUCAUUCAUGGAGGAGUCCGUUAUUUACAGAAAGCCAUCAUGCAGUUGGAUGUGGAGCAAUACAGAAUGGUUAAGGAAGCAUUACAUGAAAGAGCAUCUAUGUUGAACAGUGCGCCUCAUUUGGCUCAUCCUUUACCUAUUAUGUUACCAGUUUAUACAUGGUGGCAAAUACCUUACUAUUGGUUUGGUAUAAAGAUGUAUGAUCUGGUAGCUGGAAGUAAAACAGUUAAGUCAUCAUACUUUCUCAGCAAACGAGACGCUUUAGAACUGUUUCCUAUGUUGAAGGGAGAUAAACUUACAGGCGCGAUUGUUUAUUAUGAUGGUCAACAAGAUGACGCUAGAAUGAAUUUGGCGGUCGCUCUUACUGCUUCACGACACGGAGCAACAGUUGUAAAUCACGUUAAAGUUGUUAAUCUCUUAAAAGGUCGUGAUAAGGAUGGUAAUCGAGUACUUACUGGUGCUCGUUUACGAGAUGAACUCACGGGCGAGGAAUGGGACGUAAAGGCAAAGGCAAUAAUAAACGCAACAGGCCCAUUCACGGAUCACAUAAGAAAAAUGGAUGAUCCACAGAUACCAGAAAUUUGUUGUCCGUCUUCUGGUGUUCAUGUCGUUCUUCCAGGUUAUUACAGUCCCGAUCAGAUGGGCUUGCUGGAUCCAUCAACGAGCGAUGGCCGAGUAAUUUUCUUCUUACCUUGGCAAAAACACACGAUCGCAGGAACGACCGAUUUGCCCUGCGAAGUAACACAUAAUCCUCGACCAACCGAAGACGAGAUUAUGUUUAUCUUAUGCGAAGUUAAAAACUAUCUUAACCCAGAUGUUGAGGUACGUCGUGGAGACGUGUUAUCCGCUUGGAGCGGUAUCAGGCCCCUUGUUUCCGACCCGAACAAACCCAACACCCAGUCACUCGCUAGAAAUCAUAUAGUACACGUUGCUCCCUCUAAACUUAUUACAAUAGCCGGAGGAAAGUGGACUACGUAUAGGGCAAUGGCUGAAGAAACAAUCGAUGCAGCUAUAAGAGCUUGCGAUUUGAAGCCCGAAAGGCCCUGCCAGACUAAUGGUUUCCUCUUGGAGGGAGCUCGUGGGUGGAGUCCAACGAUGUAUAUUAGAUUAGUACAGGAUUUUGGCUUGGAAUUUGAAGUUGCACAGCACCUAGCCAAGAGUUACGGAGACCGUGCAUUUGCUGUAGCGAAAAUGGCGUCUCUGACGGGUAAACGAUGGCCAAUAAUAGGCAAAAAGAUUCACCCUGAAUUUCCGUAUAUCGAUGCCGAAAUUCGAUACGGAGUUCGCGAGUAUGCAAGAACAGCGAUUGACAUGAUUGCACGACGAUUAAGAUUAGCGUUCUUGAACGUUCAAGCGGCUCAAGAAGCCCUUCCAGUUAUCAUAGACAUCAUGGCAGAAGAAUUGCACUGGUCGGACGACGAGAAAAAGAAGCAGCAUAAAGCAGCCAGUGAGUUCCUUGCCAACGAAAUGGGACAGACGGUCAACCGCGUAUCACGUGACAAGAUUCCUAUUAACCUUACGAAAGAAGAAAUACAGCUGUACAUCAAACGCUUCGGAAUCAUUGACAAAGACAACAAAGGAUACGUUUCCAUCAAUGACAUCAGGAGAGGACUCAAGCUAUUCGGUGACAAGGAAGUACCGGGUGAAGAGCUUCACGAAAUACUGCGCGAAAUCGACACUAAUAUGAAUGGUCAAGUCGAGUUGGACGAAUACCUUCAGAUGAUGUCAGCUAUCAAAUCUGGACACGUAGCAUAUUCGCGCUUCGCAAGGAUGGCAGAAAUGGAAGAAGCACAACACGAGAAAGAAAUAUUAAAGAAACAAAUCAGUGUAGAGAGAUCAGGCGGUGGACUGUAAAGGCAUUCAUAUCUUACGGCCAUUGUACAAUAUGCGUACACUUUUAAUGCAAUGAAAAUAUUUAAACUGUCACGACAAACUAUUUAUUAUAUAAUAUUUGUUCACUUCGAACUUCAAACGUGUAGUUUGAUUCUAGUACGAACGUUUUUAGGUUGACUUCGCACACCAACGAACAAGAAUUUAUGUGGUAUUCAUUAUCUUUUUUAUCGCAUAAGUGUAAAUCUCAAUUACGGUUAUGUUUGAUUUUUAAUUGAAAUUUUAUGUAUGUAAAUAUCUUAUGUACAGCAUUUCAGUUUUCUUUUCACUAUGCAAGAGCAAACGUGUUCUAUUUGUAUAUAAGAUCUUCACCGAGUACAGCACUGAAAUUCAGUGACACGAUUAAAACGUAUUUAUGAUUAAGUGUAUAUCGAGUCGUUGUAAUUCUCAAAAAUUGAUGUUACUCGUUCGUUCUUUACAUUGUAAAUUUUCAUAAAUUUUAUUACUCGUUAUCGGUUGCGAACGUUUUAAAAGACAUAAUCAAUAGAUUACAAAAAAUGAACAUCUUUGCCAUUCAGUAAAUUAAUACCAUCUUGACCUAAGACGAUCAACAUAUAUUGUCAGUAUAUAUUGGUCAUCUAAGAUCUUUAUUAUGUUUCAUUUCAUGUAACAAUAUCGUCAAGUAUUGUGAAUACUUGUCCCUAGAUAUGUUACCCGUGACGAUUAUACAUGCCAUGAGUUAACUCAAUUUUAUUAUUAGGACUUGAAAAUGGAUUUAUUUGUAAAUUGUAUUAAUUGUUAAUGUAUAUUAGAAUCAAUCUAUAUAGACUAUCUAUUAUUUAAAUUAUUGUUAAUUUAUUGUCACUAGCGUCAUCCAGUCAUAAUACAAUCGACGUUAGAGAUUAAUUUAUUUCACUGUCAUAGUCAUUACCAUUGACUUAAUAAAAGCCAUAUUGGACUA